AUGAUGAUGCCAGCCCACUUCCUGCUGCUACUGCUGCUGCUCCUAGCGACCCCCAACGCAGGCCUCUCCCAUAAGUUCUGCAAACCCGAGUCUAUCUUCAGCUGCAUCAACACAGGCCUGUCUGAAGUCAAGAAGAACCAGCUGGAGGAUGAAACCUUACUGAGUAGGAGAAGCUUCCACUACCUGACUAGUCAAGAUCCAUCUUCAGGUACAGAGGAAGAGGAAAACCAGGACAAGGAGAAAAGGACCUUCCUGGCCUCUGGGGGUGGAAGUGUCGCUGGAAGCACCCGGUACAAAUCCCUGCCCCUAGCCCAGCCCCAGGGGAAGCUGUACCAGGACAAGGCCAAGAGUGACCGGCGCACCAAAUUCACUCUAUCCCUCGACGUCCCCACUAAUAUCAUGAACAUCCUCUUCAACAUCGCCAAGGCCAAAAACUUGCGAGCCAAGGCAGCAGCCAACGCCCACCUGAUGGCGCAGAUUGGGCGGAAGAAGUAG